AUGGUCAAAGCCGAAUGUCAAAUUUUGGCCAAAUGUUUGGACAGGCUGAACCUUCGGUGCAUCUCUAGUUUUUUUUUCAUGAGUACAUCGCUCUUUAUAGGUUUCGCGCAUAAUCAUUAUGAGAUUCCUUCCACAAAAUAUGACACGAGCAACAAAUCACAUUCAAAACACAGAUUGCACAACGUUCAACGUGCUGAAUUGUUAUCAGCACAACAACACAUCAGCACAACGUUAAUUUCACGCAACACGGACCAGUCAAGCAACAUUAACAUGCCACAGCAACAACGUUACAAAUCCUAUCAAACAUUAUAA